UGUGGCUACACCUCCCCCCCCCGGAGCCAAUCUCCUUCGCGGUCAGAGCCCGGCUGCUGGGCAGGAGGAAACAGAAAUCAGCUGAAGUUUUACUUUCGUUUCCCCGGGAUUAAAUCUUGGACACUGGCAGAGCGAGUUGAGGGACAGUUCUCCAACAGAGUUUGGCUUUAGUCCCAGCCCAGGAGGAGAAAUCAAUCAACUGGAGCCCAGCCUGUCACCCGCUGCAUUAUGGGAAAUGCAAAUAAUAAAGGGCUGAUCCCACCCCCAUCCUCGAAGCCAACUCCAGAGGGGAUGGUGGAGCGACUCCAGGAGGACGUCACCUGCUCCAUUUGCCUGGACAUCUUGGAGGACCCCAUCUCCAUCGAGUGUGGCCACAACUUCUGCCGGUGCUGCCUCGUGACUCACUGGAGUGGGGUCUCGGCUUGGGGGUACGAGUGCCCCGAGUGCCGGGCUCCCUGCUCCAGUAACCGGAUGACUCCAGACACACGUCUCAAAAGCCUGGUGGAGAAAAUCAGAAACCUGCCACGUGUAGAGACGUUGACAGCGACAGGGACAGCGAGCCCUGAGCAGGGGCCGGGGGCUCAGCCAGAGCCGGGGCGCCCGGUGCAGCUGGUGCAUCUGGACAAGGAAGGAGGCCUGACCCUGGACCAGGAGGCCCUGAGCUGCUGCCUGGAGCAGGGUGGGGUGGGGGAUGCCCCUGUCUGCCUGGUGUCCAUUGUUGGGGAGCAGCGCCGGGGCAAAUCCUUCCUGCUGAACUACCUGCUGCGCCGGCUCCGGAGCCUGGAUGUGAAGGACGGAUCCUGGAUGGGCCGGGAGGAGGAGCCCCUGGAGGGGUUCGAGUGGCGAGUUGGUGCCCACAGCGUCACCAAGGGGGUGUGGGUGUGGAGUCAGCCCUUCUGGGUCCCCUCCGAGGGGGGGCAGGUGGCUGUGCUGCUGGUCGACCCCGAGGGCUCCAUGGACAUCACCAGAGACACGGAGACCAGCGUCAAACUCUCCGCCCUCUCCAUGCUGCUUGGCUCCUACCAGAUCCUGAAUGUUUCCAGCCAGCUAAAGGACCCCGAUCUAGAAUAUCUGGAGAUGUUUCUGCACGUGGCCGAAGAGGUGGGAAAGGAAUACGAGCUGGAGUCCGUUCAGCACUUAGACCUGCUGGUGCGGGAUUGGAGCAACUCCCUGGUCCUUGGAACUGACGGUGGGAAGGAGCAUCUGAGAGACGUCCGACAGAUGCUGAAGGCGAGGUCCCCUUGCAAACACCCCAAGGCCCUGGAAGCGCUGAGCAGAAGCAGCACCCGCUGUUACCUGAUGCCCUUCCCCGGCAAGCGGAUCAUGACUGGAAGCCAGGGAUGCCUGAGAGACAUGGAUGACGAUUUCCGGGACAGCCUGAGGGACUACGUCACCGGCCUGGUGGACUCGGCCGGUCAACACGUCUGGAGGGACCGGCAUGGGGCACUGCUCACCGGCACACAGCUUGCUGCCAAGAUAAAGAAAUUCUCUGAUCUGAUGAAGAAACAUUGCUUCGGCUUCUCCUCUCCCACUCAGAUGGCCAUCAUCUUCCACAACCAGAGAGUCCUGGACAGGGCCAGCGCAGACCACGCUGUGUUUCUGAAGGAGAAGGACGGCGACUCCCGGAACAUGUUCGCCUGCCUGAAGGUGCGGCCAAGCAAGAUGGCAGAGCUGUUCACGGAGCGGCACGGGCAGUUGCUGUGGCGGUGCCAGACGGACAUGCGGGAGCCGGCACCGGAGAAAAAGGCCCAGCUGACGGAGCUGAAGGCAGAGCUGACGCGGGAGGCUGGGACCUUCCUGGAGAUCUACGGGAAGCGCUUCAAGAAAUUCGCCAUUUUGGCGGGCGUGGGCGCAGGGGCGUUGGUCCUGGGACCGGUGGGCAGCGCUGCCAGUGCCGGGAUCGCCGCCGCUGCCAUCGCUGCUGAGGUGGCUGUGGCCAUUGGGGCUGGGACGGGCGCCGUGGCCGGGAUUGUCGUGGGUGUGGGUGUGGGUGGGGGAGUUGGUGGGAACAUUGCCCAGAAGGAUAGGGAGAGGGCCGGGGCUGCUGGUGGCAGGAGGGAGGAGGGGGAUGGCACUGAGGAUCUGUCUGAGGAGAAACCCCUGAUCUGAUCAGUGCCCUCCCCCCCCGCCCCAAUCUUGGGCUGAUGAAUGGGAUGACGGGUCUGCCACGUGGCACAGACACGUUCCCCACAAGCCACCGCAGAGAGGGGAGCCAUCGCCCCCAGAUUCUAAGAAGGGACGUUUAGAUCCUCUAGUCUGACCUGCUGUGCCACCCAGCUGGAGAAAGCCGCCCACUUCCCCCUGCCUUGGGCCCAAUAUCUCCCGUUGGACUAAAUCAUCUCCCGGAAAGGCGGCCAGUCUGGCUCGGAAGCCAGAAGAGAUGGAGACCUCACGGGUUUCCCGGGGAGCUGGUCCCGCGGGUGAAUCACUCACGCUGUGAGAAAUCUGGUCUCAUUUCGAAUGGGAGUUUGUCUGUCUGGCUUUAACUUCCAGCCCUUGGGUCUUGCUCCUCCUUCCUUCCAUGUUGCAGGGCUGCUCUGGCUGCAACGCAAAGUGCUUGGAAAUGCCCUGCCGAUGGUCAUGUCCUGAGAUCACCCGCUGGGGGUGACCGUGGGCGCCUGGCUUAGUUCCUACAGUGGCAGUCCUGUGGUGCUAUCCUGGGAGAUAGAUCUUCAGCUGCCCCUCUGAGCAGGAAGGUGGGUCCCAGGGGAGAGGGCACAGGAAAAUGUGGGUUUCCUGCUCUACCAUGGACUUCCUCUGUGACGUUGGCCAAGUCACUUAGUUACUCUGUGCCUCAGUUUCCCAUCUGUAUAAUAAGGAUAAUAAUGCAUUGAAAGAUUGUGAGGGGUUUGAGCUCUACUGAGAGAAAGCACUAUGCAAGAAACAGGCAUAAUUAUUUAUUCCAAGGGAGGGCUAUAAAACCUUCCGAAGCUAAAGGAAAUCGGUUCCACACCGAUGAGCUUCUACAAUAAUGGUGAAAACUCCACUGGGCCAGCAAGUCAACCAUGGUCUUCCCCUUGGAUCUCUCAGCUCUUUUAGACACAGUGGGCCCAGGGCAUGAAGUGCCUUGAAAAUCAGGCUGAGACCAUGAACUUGAUUCAAUAUUGUAGCGCAGACAUGGCCAGGUGGGCAUAUGGCCCCUGUAUCUGACCAUCUUCUCAAUAUUUCACCUAAGGGGGUCGUGUGUGGGUUUUGCCGAAUGGUGGGAACCAGCCGCUUGUCACGGUUAUUGCCACAUGUCUGUAUGAAUAACUGUUUUAGAGUCAGGUCCCAGGUAGGAUAUUGAGUUCUGAAUCUUCUGGGAGUCAAACCUGAGGCUGGGAGCCGACCUGGUCAAUGUGAGAACAAUGCACAUCCAUGGAGGCAGUCUCGGCUUGCUGGCUUGACAAGAUGCAGGCUGGUCAUCUACAGAGACCAACCAACCCCAAGGGAAUGCUCAGGAGAGGGGGGCCCUGGGCUUGGAGACAAGAGCUUGUGACUGGAUAAGAGCAGAAGAAAUGGCCCAUUACAGAGGAGUGACUUUGCCAGCAGGGGGAACAGGGGAUCCCUGCUCUCUGGACUGGACAAGUGCUGUAAGAACCAACCAGAGGGAGAGAAACACCUCAGCAGCCAGGAAAGGAACCUGUUAGCAAGGACGGGCUCUAGACGGCAUCUGAUGUUUUCCUUUUACUUGCUUUUUAUUUGAAUCUGUAUCUGAGGCUCUGUUAAAUGAACUUCAGUUUGGUUUGACUGUAAACCUGUAAGGGUUGGGGGUGCUGUCAUGAAUAGGGGGAAGGGUAGCAACCUUUAUGUAUCCUUGGCAACUGUACUGAAUUGCCUUACCUGUAAGGGGUUAAGUAGUUCAAAUAACCUAGUUGGCACCUGACCAGAAGGACCAAUAAGAAAAGAAAAUACUUUCAAAUCUGGGGGAGGAUUGAUUUGUUGUUGUUGUUCCCUCUCUGGAUGGAGGGAGAAGCCAAGCAGGUACAUCAUCUCCUGAAAAUAUACCUGGAAUAAUCCAUCUAAAUCCACAGAAAUUGUAAGUAGGGCAAGGAAAUGCAUUAGGUUAUCUUUUGUUUUAGCUUGUGAAUGUUCCUAUGCUACAGAGCUACUUUUAUUCCUGUGGGUUUUUUUUUUUUUGGUAACUGUGAAGCUGAGCCCAAAGGGGAACCCUCUGUGUUUUAAAUCUUAUUACCCUGUAAAGUUACCUUCCAUCCUGAUUUUGCAGGUGUGAUUCCUUUAUUUUUUUUCUUUAUAAAUAAAGUUCUUCU